AUGCAACCGACGACGUCAGCAGGCAUGGCGAACACUCUAACCCCAGAAAGAGGACAUAACACCCUUACCCCUCUACCUCCCGCUCCAGCCUACAUCAAAUCCUCACCACCUCCCGCCCUUGGCCAACAGGAGUUUCCUCGGCCUCCCCUGCGACCUUCACCUCCCCUACUCAAUGAAAAACUGAAACUGAUGCUCACUGCGGUCCCCAAGAGAAAACCCAUCGAGCUAGCCGCGCUAGAAGUCUCCCACAAUGCCGUCAUCCACAAUUCUCCAAUUUCUCCAGUGGUAAUCGAUAACUCUUGCUCUCUCCCGGAAGCUGCAAGUGCCCAAAUCGAGGAUGUGAGAACUCUUAGUCAGGACUCCUGGCAAAAGGAAGAGUCGACACUGAAAGAAUCCGUCAAGACUCCACUUACCCAACGCGGGAGCUCCCUCUCUUCCACAACUUAUACCCUCCCUUCCCACCAGGCCCCAUGUCGCCAUAUGCCUUCGAACAGUGUAUCAGAAUCUCCACGAAUCGUCCCCGAGCGCAGGGAUUCGCUCCAUUAUGACCAAUCUCAACAAAUGCCGUAUAACAUUGCUCAGAACUCGAGCCAAGGUAGUUCGUCACGAGGUAGCAUUGAAAGUCUCCCUCAGGAGAAUGAGGUAUAUCAACCCUUGCAAUAUCAUCACCAGACAUAUGAAGAGGGUGGUUUAGAUAGAAAUGGAAAUCGUGGAUCAAAAAGAACACUGAGGUCCGCGUCUGAUUCCUCUUCAGGCGGCGAACCGGGACCAGGAGUCUACUCUCACGGAGAAUACUUGACGCCGACCCGAGCACCACACCUUGGACUUGGAAUUCAGCGACCCGUCUCAGCAUAUUCGUCCAUGUCAGACCUCGCUGCACGAGGCCGCUCCCCAAACCUCUCCCCCCAUGUACAUGCCCGCGCCGUCUCCGCUCAUUCAACAGCAUCUCCGGAUACACGACCCCUUUCUUUUGUUGACCUUCUCAAUGUACCUUACCCUCAAGCCCCGCCAGGCCCGAAAACCUUGAGCCACGACCAUCUCCGUCCGUCGGUUGGAAACAAUGCAUCUCUUCUCAGUCACAAACAGACCUUUGACAUGUAUUUGGCCAACGUUAAGAAGACGAACGACCCAGGUGCUCAGUUCGAGUUUGCGGUGUUCAUGAUUAACGCCAGCCAAAAACAAGAAGACGACCAAAACUCUACCGACUCACCGAGACCCGAGAAAUCGGAAGACAUAUCUAGGGCUGAUCUAUUACGCGAAGCUAAAAACAUCCUCCAACGCCUUUCCGACCGCAGCUAUCCUUACGCACAAUACUAUCUGGCAGAUGGCCUCGCCUCCGGUCUUUUUAACAAAGGGAAGAAAGACGACGAUAAAGCGUUCCCAUAUUUCAUCGCUGCCAGUAAACAUGGGCAUGCUGAGGCUGGGUACCGAGCUGCUCUAUGUUAUGAAUUUGGCCUUGGGAGUCGACAGGAUGGCGCAAAGGCUGUCCAGUUUUACCGCCAAGCGGCAUCCAAGAACCAUCCCGGAGCGAUGUUGAGGUUAGGAAAAGCAUGUUUAAAUGGGGAGAUGGGUCUCGUAAAGCGAUAUAGGGAAGGUAUUACGUGGCUAAAACGAGCCGCAGAGUCUGCGGAUCGUCAAUACAAUUCUGCUCCUUACGAACUCGGUUUGCUUCAUGAAACAGGAUAUGGAGACGAUGUGUUCCAAGAUGAGACAUACUCGGCACAAUUAUUCACAAAGUCUGCAGAGCUGGGCCAUGCUGAGGCAGCCUAUCGCAUGGGUGACGCUUACGAACACGGUAGAUUGAACUGUCCCGUUGAUCCAGCGCUCAGCGUGCACUUUUACACUUGUGCUUCACAACAAGGACAUGCUCUGGCGAUGAUGGCGCUGUGUGCCUGGUUCAUGGUCGGCGCAGAACCAUUGCUUUCUAAGGAUGAAUGUGAGGCAUAUGAGUGGGCAAGAAGAGCUGCUGAAUUAGGCCUUCCGAAGGCGGAGUAUGCCGUUGGCUAUUUCACAGAAAUGGGCAUUGGAUGCCGCCGCGAUCCCCUCGAAGCCAAUGUCUGGUACGUUAAGGCUGCUGACCACGGAGAUGAACGGGCGAAACAGCGCAUCGCGGCAAUCAGAGCAGCAGCAUCUGGGGCUGACCCCUCCAUGGCUUCCAAACGAGGUCGCGGCAAAGGAAGACAGCCUAACGAAUCUCCAGGUAAGCAAAUUGCAUGA